GGCAGAGUACACAAAUCUGCAUGAGCGCAGCCUGUCAUUGAUCACAUUUAGCUCAACUGCAUAGUAGCUAUAGCUGAGCACCAGAUUAGUGACCUGGGUGUUUAACCUAUUGCAUGAGCACCAGCACUUUACCACUUGACGAGUAAAAUUGUCUGGCAUUAGACAGAAUAGACUAAUAAAGUAGGGUGCAUUGGGGAGCAAUGCAACUACUUUAAAGGGUUAAGAUCCAAGCACGGCUGCCUGGGACUCAUGUAUUUUUCCUUAUUUCUAACAGGUUAUAAAACAAAACAAACAGCUUGUUUACUGUCAAGCUGGAAAAACCCAGCAUAACAACAUAUAAAGUAUUCCUUUGUCAAAUUGGGCAACAAAACAUUUAUGCCGUUGAAUAUAUUUUGAACUCACAGUUUUGCUUCCACCCAUAGCUACAAUCAUGGCAAAAAUUCUGUGGACACUUACAGGUGUGAACGAUUAAAGUAUUACUGUUCACAUACACAUGUUGGCAUCUUCAUCUCCCCCACCAGUCACAGAGCUUUCGCCUAACCGAUCUAGAAGCUUUUCAACAGUUAAAAAAUGCUGUUUUGCACAUAUCACAUAUGUUUGGGCAAGGCAGGUAUUUCUAUUUUUGCACACACUGUCCACAAUAUAUAAUUUUUUCCAGGAUUGUAGGUGUAUAUUCUAAUUUAGGGUUGCUUAUAUGAGCGGCUACUGUAGAUCUCAAAACCAGGCUGAUCUCUGUCAGCCAAACAUCUUUCCUUGUAAUUGACGGAAUUAAUACAAAUUUAGACCCAAUCUAUUCAUGCAGAAUCUUAUUUGUAUAUCCUAUUAUAUAUUCUUGUGUGUAUACUGUAUAUUCUAGCACAGUCUAAAUCUUGAAGACGCAAUAAAGCAUGGAAUAAAUAAGUCAGCAGCAGGUUAUGCAGAUAUAAUAAUCAUUUAUACUAUGCAAAUGUUCAUGCUUUUGUUGGCCUUCCUGACAUUUCAUAGGCAUGGGGUGAUAAAUCAAUUUUUGAAUAACAGUUUCUAUGAUUUACUUUGCACCUUAUGACCAACAAUAAUUCCCAUAAACAGCAAACUUGAUAUGGAACAAUUUUACUGUGAGUUUUCAAGCAGACUGACCUUAAUUAAUCCUUUCCUUAUAUGUGUCUGAGAGCUACUGUAUUAGCCUGAAUAAAUCGUCAUGGUUGAUGAUUAAUUAUUUAAUCACUUGUUUGUUCUUCUAUAGGCCAUUAGCCUUAAACAAACUCAAAAAAUAUACACAGAGAACACCUACCUUAUUGCUUUCUCUGCCAAAUAAAUAAUUUAAACUUUUAUUUCUCAUUCUUUAGCAAUUUUACUGGCAAAUAAACUGAAAAUCACUCUGACAAGCCAUUUUUAAAACCACGUGACUGUGUUUGUUUUGCAGCAAAUUUAAUAACAUUGCUCUAAAUCUUAACUCGGUCAUGAGCAUCGGAGACUGGGGAGCAAAAACGGGUUAAACGGCAUACUCUGAGUGAUGUUAUUUAAUUUCAAAAUGACGCGUGUUUAUUUUUGUUCGUCGAAGAACUGAAAAUACAAAUGCAAUUUGUGAAAAAACUGCGGGUCUACGGAGCGGCAACUUUUCGGAUUUGAAUUCAGCGUGUUCUAAAAUGUUAGUUACCGUGAAAAUAUUUCAGUUCCACGACAUGCUUAAUGAAAGUGAACGAUAUCGGGUCACGACAAACGGCCUAUUGCGAGACGUUGAGGAUGUCGAACACGAUAACAUUUUCGAGCGUUUUUGUAGCACCACAAAAAUUUCCUUCCAACCACACAAAAAUUUUGAUCUCAUUGAUCGUUUUUCUCGCAACAUUUUCUGACAAGGCUUCGGUUUCUAAAUUCAAACACGUAAAUCGUAAUUGUAUUUUCGCCUUCUAUUUACAUUUUGUUUACACGAAAACGAUAAAAAUGACGUCAGUAAGAAAAAAAAACCGUUUCGAAUAUAGUGGAAACGAUGCAAAAGAUUCGUUUUCUGUAUCUGAAACGUUUUGAAAUUGGUUGUUUUGGCCUUUUGUUAUCGUGUAAACAUGAAAAUCGCAGGUAAUAAUACAAUGCCGUGUUUGGAUGUGGAAACAGAGACUGAAACUAUUGCCAUAUCAGAAAAUGUUGCGAGGAAAACGAUCAAUGUGAACAAGGCGCCUAAACGCUUAAUGGUUGAAAAUACCAAUACAAAAAACGGUCGAAAACGUUACCGUGUACACAUAGUCUUGAUCCAAACAAUGUUUUAUCAUAUACCAUGCACGGUUAAAUAUGAAAUCUCAAAACGGUCUCUCAGCCAACGAUGCCGAUUGGCCUUCGCUCGAAAGGUCCAGACUUCUUAUUGUAUCUUUAUAUAGUUGAGAACUAUACCACAGUUUUACAAUGUUAAAUAUACAUUUCUUUUAAUUUCAGUUGAAACUUAAUAUUACAACAAUAAUUAUAAUUAUCAGUACAAUAAAUGAUAUGUAUUAGCUACCUAUCCCUAUGUAGAUUCAUAUAGGAUUUCAUGUCGAUAAAGUAUCUCUCACCUGUGUUAAAUUUAUGGCUUGGAUUAUGAUGGGCCACAAAGGAUUGCAAACCGGUUUGAGCGCUGUCUUCUUUUCUGCGUGUACAUUGAUUUGCAUUAUUGCUUGAAAUAAGAACUUGGUUUACUGUGGACGACGUCUGUUUUAAUGAACUUGGGUUCGCUGAACUAUUACUUGUAUGUGAAACAACAUUUGGUGCAGUGGCUAUAUAAAAAAAAUCACCCUUGAUAAACAUGUACAUUCCAGAAGAGAAUAGAACGAAACACGUCACUCCAAUAUACACCAUUGCCACCAGUCCCUUUAUUCGCAAUAAAUGCAUGGCGAUGCCUUAUAUGCUAAACACGAAUUACAGUACACAUGCAAUGAUCAAAAUGUCGUAGAUGCCAAGAAAUCUUGAAACUUGUAUACAUGGUUUUUGAGACUGACGUGCAGGAUGUGUCGUUAUCAUAUUUAAGACCCCGGAGUAUAAAUGCAGUAUAUACUGUACACUGUAUAACUUCAUUCGUCAAUUACAUAUACAUAUAGGCAUAGACGGAUUUUCGGGGGGGGGGUGCUACCCCCAAUAUUAGCUACAACCCCCCCGAAACAAAAUGUACACCCCUCCAAAAAAAAAUUCAACCCCCAAUGAAUGACUUUAUACCAAUGAAUGACUCGUAAUGAGUCUAAUCAGAUAAUCAUCAGUGCAAUUGUGCUUGUAAAAGUUUUUAAGUAAAAUUAAGUAAAAGUUUUUAAGUAAAAGCUUUUAAGUACAAGUUUAGUGUUUUUUCAAUUUAAGUAAAAGUUUUGAAAUAUCAAUUAUGUACAGUACAGUAUGGCAGUUCAUAGUAUUUCAAGUUGCAUCAUAAAUUGUACUCGGAUUCAAACAACACAAUGUCAAUGACUUCAUAAAAGUAAAAGCAUAUUGUGUAUUGGGUUUACACUUUACACUUUUAGAAGUUCAUUUAACUUUAAGUCUUUAACUCUCUCAAGUCUCAACAGACAAUCGGACAUGCCAAAUCCAUUGAUAUGACAACUUCAAAAAACUUUUUUUCGAAGCUAUAAAUCAUGAAUUUUUUCAAAUAUUUUCUGGGAUACUUUGUUUUCUGCUCUCUAGACUCCCCCUCGCGGCCAUAGUGCUCCACCCCUAGAAUAUAGACCUUACUGAGGUUUAGUGACACUUUGUGUUGCUUCAGUCACCUGCUCACGGCUCAACUCCCUAAAAUUUCUGGCACCACCCCAGUAAAAAAUAUGAAAAUCCGUCUAUGCAUAUAGCGUUGUCUAAAUACAGACCUUGAGAACGUUGAUCAUAACCAGCCUUUUUUUCUUUCUUCCAAUUCCUCUCUACGUCCAAUUCAGGUAAGAAAAAUUCGUCUACAAAAUUCCCGAUCACUGUUGUGAGGAAAUUCUCUUUAACACGAUUGGUACAUUGCGGCGAUGGAAUUGUAAUGUCUGGUGGGUUUUCUUUCAGGUUUUUCAUACCGGUCCACUCCAUAAAUGAUUCACAUAGGUAAGCCGCCGUCACCUCUGACAUGAACUGUGCAGCAGCUUUAUAAUUCUUCUUAACAUCUGCAUAGACACUAUUCUUCCUCAACUUUUGCAGAAGAUUAUAAAGCGUUCCGAUCUCCCUGGCACUCUUGGUGUUAUAAAGUUGUUCCCAAGUAUACUUAAAAGAUAAAAACCUGUUGUUAUUUUAGGAAAACUAAAUAUUGUCACGUAAAAGAUUUAUUAUAUAAUAGAGAGUGAGAUACUGAAAAAUACACAAUGAUAUAUUUUCCGGCCAUAUCUUCGCUAUUCAAGAUAUCGAUCACGUGGCAGUUUAGUUUUGAGCGUGAAAUUUCACAUUUUUUUUGCUUGGGACUAUAUAAUAAACAGAACAUUACACGGUGGCUUGAAGUUAAUCUUCUCGUAUUAAAAACAAUAUUUUACUUACUCGCUGUGCUCGUUCAUAAAAUAUUGUUUUCACCACUCGAAGAUAAAAGUCAUAUCUUCGCGCCGCCGUACAAUAUCCUCUAUAUAUUUCUGGAUACACUAUGAAAAUUUAUUAUUGCAAAGCUUUCGGUCCAUAGCCAGGACAUUCAUCAGUGCAACAUCAUCCGAGCGUCGCAAUGAUAAAGAUUAAAGGUACGCGCUUACGAACCGAAAGCUUUGCAAUAAUAAGUUAUAUGGUGUACUUUUAGAUGCAAAAUUUCAAUUAAGUACGAGCGUCAACCAAUCAAAGUAACAAAGUCGUGGUUAAAAAGUUGUUGAAAGAGUUUCAUACAACCUCCAACAAUAGUUUCUUUGUACGCUACUUCGUGGCCAUUUUUUGCGUUGUUGGCAGUCUGAAGAAAAAAAAUAUACUUACAGAAAGAAAUGAUUGCUUUGAGUGCCAUACAGCUGGCACUUCGACUAUGUGGUCCAACCUUUCUGUACGAAGAUCACAACCAGCUCGCGUUUUCUUUGCCCCUGUCACCCUUUCUCGUCCGAGAAGAUCUCCGGCUAAUGGAAAUUCAUGAGAUUGUAAAACUUUUGAUGCCCGCUUCGCUUUAUCUUCGGAUGAACUUUUGAUAGGAAGUUAAGGUAUUCCAUCAUGUUCAUAGACUUUAACCAUAGUUUGAGUAAGGUUGUCCAAAUAUUGGCAGACAUCUCCAGUUUUAUUCUGAUUGUACGGCACAACAGCCAUAUUUAUGAUGGUCGACCGAGUCGCCAUUUCUUUCCAAUACUUGUGAGUAAUAUGUUUCUCAACUAUAUGUUUUAUUGGCUGCAAACACGGGAAAUAUGUAACCAAAACCCUUGCUACUAAAAUGAUGUAUUCAUGUCACAGCUUUUCAAGUUCGUCUUGCGAGAGAAGAUAGUUUUUAUUUUCAAAUUCAUUGAUAUUGGAAACAAUUGGCUUAGAAUCACAUAAGCCUGUGCUUGACACACGAUCAAAUGUUAGAUAUUGUGCUAUCCAGUGCAUGUCAGCAUUCUUGUGACCUGAAAACGAAAAUUGUGGGUGUUUUUAGCCAACCUCUUACCCAGGCUCUUUCCUCUUGGGGAGAAAAGACCCUGGCAGACACUGGUCACGUGAUCUGCUAAAAUCUAGGAGAUUUCUAAUGGAUCUAUUACCCAAUGAACAACAUUCUGAUCUUAGGAAAGUCUAGACAAAAUUUCAUCACAGCGCAUCACAAAAUUAGUAAUAUUUCGAAGUUUCGUUGUGAAAUGUUGUAAAAUGCGGAUAAUAUAGCCUUUCGAAGUGCUGUUUUUCAGUCAUUUUGUAUUACGCACGGGAAAUUGAUUUCGUUUUUCAGGGCGCUGUAAAACACAGCGUUUUGUGUUUUAUAGGGCCCUGCUUUUUUUCGAUCAGAAAGCGGUCUCAAUUUCCCGUGCGUAAUACAAAAUGACUGAAAAACGGCAAACUUUGCAGGGCUAUAUUAUCCGCAUUUUACACCAUUUCGCAACGAAAAUUCGGAAUAUUACUAAUUUUGUGAUGUUCUUUCAAGCUGUGAUGAAAUUUUUGUCUAGACCAAAAUGUUGUUCAUUAUGUAAUAGGUUCAUUAACUAUCUUGGAUUCCUUUACGACAAUCAUACAAAAUACAAAUUAUAAAUAAAUUAAACCAUAAAAAACAUUCAAAUGUCAAAUACUUAUUGACCUCGUCUUGGACUGCUGAUUAAAAUCUGUUAGAUUUUAGCAGAUCACGUGACCAGCGUCUACCAGGGUGUUUUCUCCCCUCACCCUCCCCUUUUCGCUAUUUAAGAAAUAAAACACAACAAUCCAUGUAAAUGUACAAUGUAAAAACUACAGAAAAAACAUUGAAUACAGCUAGUCAGCUAUACCCAUAGAUAUCUUAUAUACACUAGAUAGUGCAUCUAAUUAUUCUGCCAUUCAAAAAUUGAAGCCGUGAUUGCAGUCUCAGGUCGUUCCCAUGAAAUGAGAAGAUUCGUAUGUUUUCUAUUUCUUAAAGAGGGAACUUAAACAUUAAGUUAACCCUAUUCCAAAUCCAUUUUUAAACUAUUCAAAUGAUGAAAGUUAUUGUUGUUUUUAAGCGUUUAUUAGCAAGUGGGAACGACCAACAUGGCCGCCAUCUAUUCAAAUGGGGGUAACCGCUGGAGUAUUCGUGGCUUCAAUUUUACUAAAAGAGAUGCGCUAUCUAGUGUAUAUAAGAUAUCUAUGGCUAUACCCAAUCAAAAAGUGAUAGAAUCAAAGUUGUUGUGUUUUUCCUGUAUAUGCUGUCUCACACCCAGGCAUCUCUUUGUAAACAAAACAGCGAUGCGUGUAUGCCAAGUUUACAUGAAAUAUUGUAGUGAAGUAUCCCUUGUGUAGGAAUAAAUAGUGGGUUUUUUCCAACGUGUUUCUCCUUAGAUGCAAACAACGGUAGCUUGGUUUUAUACAUUUCAUUUCCGGUGAAUGAACACGAAUGCACACCGAUUACACUUUGAUUUGUACAUUUCAUUUCAGUGAAUACACACCCAAUAUGAAUGAAACGCGAUACAUUUUGAGAAAAUCGUUAAUGGGAAAAAGUAAAUAAAACGUCCUUUGAUAUAAUAAUAUAAAAUCAAACGCAAUGCACUUUCUCAUCAGAAAAAUGAAAAUUUUCCAGUAGACCCAGUUGGGAAAGCCCCUUAGCUACUUCAAUUGGGAAGAGUCCGUCAAACGGACAUUAUAUGGGCUAGCUAACAUAAUAGACACUUCAUUCGUAUUACCUAUGAGAAUAACGUUUGUUAGUAUUUUAAAGUCGAAAUUAUCAAAUAUAAUUCUUAACUCGCGUCCAUCAUUGACCAGUUUUCUGAUGUGGUGAAUAGCACUUUGAUCCAUUGUGUCUAACACGUUUCGGUAUGUUGCACGGCUUUGACAUAAACCAAGGGUAUUUAGUCUCUCAAAUGUCUACAGAUGAAAAACAAAAGACUUGGUAACAUUGUUAAUUGAAACAAUACUGCAGACUGCAGUUCCUUUAAUUAUGAAAAUUGUUUAAAAAACAAAAAGAAGCAAGGAAGUAAAAACUGCUAUAAUUUGACAAAUGUAAAAGUGAAGCCAAAGAUUGAGGAAAACUGACUUAUUAUAUGAAUCAUAUAUUUCCGCACAGGAUACUGAAACAGAUGUACUAUAAUUUCUUUAAUUUCCACAAAUUUUGGCUGCAAUUGCAGCAGAUUAAUUAUAACACCAUUUAUCUUUUGUACAAUAUGCUGUGACAUGAUAUAGUCAUGUAUGUCAAUACACAUUACAUUCAAAAUACAAAAGGACAGUAACUCGGAAUAACAUUUUGUAGCUUUAAUGAAUCUCCAUUAAUUUUGACUAACGUGUAGUCAUCAUCAGGACAGUUAGUCUAAAUUGCAGAUUCAGUAAAGCUGCAAAAUGUUAUUCAGAGUUACUGUUCUUUUGUAUUUUAUCAAGAUACUCAGUUGUUCCCGUAAACAUAGUUCACAUUACUUGCAAAUGGAGAAAUUCAUGAACACAUAGAAGUGUCAUUUUCUGCUGGCUGAGGUAUGAAAGAAUCAUAAAAUGUUUUCUUAUCACACAAGGCUGGGAGCUCGAUUGUGAAUCGCGUGUAUUCAGCUAAAAUGGCUGCAGCAGCUCCCAGCAGUGUGUGAUAUGUAUGGUUUUACUCUACCUUGCUGGAGGAAUGGCCAAAACCAAUAAUCAUUGUUACAACUUUCUGAAGCAAACUAAGCUUCUGCCAUCUUCCAUUCAUCAUUAUAUAUACCAUAUGCCAUGCAGAUAUUUGGGCCACGGUCACAAUUAUCCUUGUUUGUUGGAGUGGUUAUUGUUGUUAGAAUAUCAAGCAAAAAUGGGAUUUUUUCCUUCAUUUCCUGUAUGAUGUUGUCCCAAGUAAAACUUUCAAGACAUUCUUGUGUGUUGCUGCUGGGUACUAAAAGAACAGAUGGUCCUAUGCCACCAACACUCUUCUUUAUCUUGCAAAGGUUUCUACAUUGUUCAUCAAGUUCUUUGAGUAUGAUAUGCUGAAUGCUUGCUUUAAGAAGAGGCAUGGACAUAACUUCUUUACCAAUGUCUUCUGGGAUUCCAAAAUUAACAAUUGUUACCAGCCUUGUCACUUUACUUCUAUCAAGAAACCUGCAUGGACUGUUCAUGAACUAAAGUGUAAACACAUAAAUAAAAAUAAAUGUAAAUCUAUAUGAAUAAGAAAUUAACAUAUUAAUAUUAUUCUCACAAAUCACAAAUCACAUAUAACAUAUUAAUUAGUAUCUAUCAGUGGAAAACUUGGAUACUGAAAAGAAUGUAAGCAUGAAGAUCAAACAUGGAAGACAAGAUACUGAAUGGACUGCAUUUUGUUUUGUAGGGGUGGUGGAGAGCUCCAUGCCACUGCGAGAAUGCGAGAUACAAACUUCCAAGUCUGGGGUUGGCAAAGCUAUAGCAAAAAAUACCUUUGGAUUUCUAAGGCCACUUUCUUUCAGAAUCCCCUUCCCAUCAACUACAGCAUUUUGUUUUGUUGUUUCAGACUAAAAACAACAAAUGACAUUGUGUACAUACCUUAACACAACUUAACAGUUAACACAGCUGUCCUCAAAAGUAAAAACGCGCAUACGCAAACAUUGAUCACUGAGUAAAACAUUACAUAAUACACUGUACAUACUGCAGUAUGCCAGUACGAGUAUUUAUAUAAUAUUUGAAAUUAUAUUACAAAAUGUACAAGAAUGAAUUUUGACCUUGUAUUUAACUACAUUAUAUAACGAUGACAUAUUACUCAAAUUAUAUAAUGUUUAGUUUGUCGAGAUAAACAUUGUUAGUAAACGCAAUCGUACCUGAUUAACUGUGUCCAUUUGUAUUGGCCUCAAUGGCCUUGGCAAGAUGUCGGAGGAAAGAAUGGGCGGGAAAAGACAAUGUCUUAUGUCGGCAAAUUGUUCUCGUUGACGUUUAUGUAGAAGUGUUCCGCAUGAUGAUGAAAGUGUCAAUUGUGAAGGGCUUCGUUGGCAAACUGAACGUUUUCCUGCAACUGACGACUGAGAACAAAUACCACGCAAUUUUUUAAUUCGUUCCACAAUGGAAUAAAUGAGAAUAUAGCAUUGUUGGCAGACGUAUGAUAGCACAUCAAUAUUUACAUCUUCCUUAACGCGAAUACCACCAUAUGACUCCAAACCCUCUUUUAUACCUUCCUUAAGAGAUUUAUCUCCAAAAAGGUUGACCGCAUGUUUUAUUUUAACAAUAUAUUGACGGCAACAGCGCUAGCGACAUUUAGACAAAUUAUUAUGCCCAACUGUAUCCGCCAUAUUGCGCAUUUGAAGUAGCUUUUCAAUAUAUGCCCAAUAUAUCGUUGCUAUAACGUAACAAUAUCGUUGCUCCUUCAUAAAAGUUUUCUUUUAAACGUUUCCUUUGGCAUCUGAUAUUGGUCGCGAUAUAGACAGUUCAAAAUCACUUCUAACGGAUAAUACAUUGACCUAAAAUGAGCAAUUGCUUUGAAUUACAAAAGAACAAACUCAUCUGGAAUGGCGACUUAAGCGAAUUAAAGUCCUACGUCGCAGAAAAGUUAAACAUAAAUGGUAAAUGGAAAUCACCGUCAGGUGGACGCUGGUUAUUUACUAGCGAUGCUUUGUCUAUAACCUGGUAUUGUAAAAGCAAAACUGUCUUAUUUCAAGGUCCUCGUGGCAGCGAAGUGGCUGACUCUUUGAAGAAAAAUAUCGAUGCAUCGCGAAUUGCAAUAGUGAAAGAUGCCGAGCUAAUCAUUGCUACCCCUGCUGUUUCCGAAAGACGGAAUGAAUCUAUCGAUAAUCAGUGUAGUCUCAGUAUUAACAAUUCUAACUCGAACAUGUUUGACAGAUCUAGUAAUACAACAACAACUAUCAACCGAAGCGACUCGGAUGCUAGCGAAGGAAAAGCAAAUGAGAAAGAAAUGUGUUCACACAAGCAGAACGAAGGCGAUUAUAUAAUGAAUUGCAAAGACUGUAGUAAAUUAUCUGUAGAAGUAGCAGAAAUUAAAUUGGACUUGGCAUUAUUAUUCCUAAAAGUUAAUACUGCUGAAGCUCCCGCUACAUGUGAAUGCAAUCGGCUACGAAACGAAAAUCAGCUAUUGAAACAAGAAAUUAAAUUACUCAAGGAAACACUGCACGGCAUGGAAUUGUCAAAAUCGCCAAUUAACAUUGCUAUCGAUAAUAUGAAUAAUCAACCAACCAUCACUGACAAUGACUCUGUUAUACUAAUUGAUAUAGAAGAAUCUGAAGUUAACGUAAACACUAAUAUGAAUAAUUUACCAUCUGCGACAUACAAAGAGAAACAAUAUAAUACCCGAGGGCCAGUUGUUAAUGACUCUCUUAUGAAAUAUAGAAAUCCCAAUAAACCAGUCGUGCAAGACUCCCUGACCUCAUUCGACCAUCUCCUAAAAGAAAAGGCCGCCUUAAACGCCAACAUGCAUCGUCAUAAGAGGAAUCAAGUGCAUAAUUCUCCAACUAACAGAACGCAUUUCUCGAAACCUAAUUACCGGCGCAAUCAGGCCGCCUUAAACGCCAACAUGGAUCGUCAUAGGAGGAAUCCAAUGCAUAAUUCCUCAACUAACAGAACGCAUUUCUCGAAACCUAAUUACCGGCGCAAUCAGUUUUCCGAGCCUAAACAUCAAUAUCGUCAAGCAAAUUUUCCCUCAAAGAUUUUUCGAAGCGGUCGCUAUCGGUGGAUUCCGAAACCAAGAACAACAGCAGACUAUACAGAUACAAGAGCAAGUCAAAUCAACCCGGCAUACAAAGUGAAUCCUUUCCAAUCAAAGUCAGAGUUACAGCUUGGAGAAACGGAGUCCUGGGAAGCUUACCUACAGCUGGUCAACCGCACCUUGGACCAGUUUGGAACCCUCGUUUAGGCGCAAUCCAACGGACAAGUGAUAAUUAUACAUCUCAGAGAAGUGUAAAUUUUAAUAAUUUAAUUAACAUUAAGACUAAUACAAACCCCACCAUUGGAAAGUCCUCAGUCCCGUCCUUCCUCUUGUCAAAUGUAUGCCAUAUAACAAAUAAGGUAGACGAAUUAGCUGCUGUUGUAUCGAUCUAUGACCCAUCCGUGGUAAUGAUAACUGAAUCUUGGCUAAGUGAUGAUAUCGGUGAUUCCUCGGUUAAGAUCGGUAAUAAAUACAACAUAUUUCGUCGCGAUAGAAAGUCUCCUGGCGGUGGAGUGAUCGCCUACGUGAAUAAUUGUUUACCAGCAGAGCGUAUGACUCACCUCGAAGAAGAAAACAAAGAAGUGAUAUGGUUGUUGUUAAAACCCCCAAGAACCCCUAGACCUUACAGUACAAUCGUUGCUGCUGUUGUGUACUACCCUCCUGGUCAAUCCGCCGAACAAGCAAUCGAUAUGAAUGAAUACUUAACUACUUGUAUAGAUAGUCUCUUGCGCGAACGUCCUUCAUCUGGAAUUGUUAUAGCUGGGGACUUCAAUCAACUAAAAUUAAGAGAACUAUGUAACAGAUUUAAUUUAAAAAGAUCCGUAACUAAACCGACUAGAGGACACAACAUUCUUGAUCAAAUCCUUACAAAUAUGCUCCCUCUCUUUGACACUGUUAGCCAUCUCCCCCCAAUCGGACGCUCCGACCACCAAUGUCUUCUAAUCAAGCCCAUUAAAAGACAGAAAACUCCGGUUACGUCAAAAAAAAUUAGAUUGAUGAAACGAGCAAAUUUAAAUGACCUCUCCCUGAAUAUGGCUUCUGAAGAUUGGACUACUGUAUAUUCAGCACUGGAUGUGGAUGAGAAAGUAUCAGCUUAUAACUCCAUUAUAAUCAAGAUGCUUGACGAGUUCUUACCUGAAAAAACCAUCAGAGUACAUCACUCUGAUAAACCGUGGAUCACCGGUAAUAUUAAAAUGCAAAUCAAAGCUCGUCAGAAGGCCUUUUCUCGUGGUGAUCAGCCAAGAUACAAACAACUAUGCGAGAAAGUGGCAAAUCUUAUAGCUAAAGCUAAAGCCACCUACUAUCGGUCCAAGGCCUCAGAAUUUCGUACCUCGAAUCAAUCGAAGUGGUAUAACUGUAUCUACUCUUUAGUAAAUGCCGAAAACACAACCCACACCCAAUUUCCACACAGGCCCGAAAACCUAGACUUAUCCGACUUGGCUGAAAAACUUCAGAAAGCCUUCACUAAACCAUGGUCGGACCGUUACACGAAUGUCGCCUUUGAAAUACCUGAAGUGAACCACCCACAUAAGAAUAACAAACCACCCCUUCCUUCUAUUGGCCAAGUUAAAGCGGUCUUAAAACAUCUUAAUCCAAGAAAAGCAACUGGCAUCGAUAAGGUUCCUGCAUGGAUGCUCAAACAAUACCACGAAGACCUAGCUCCUGUGGUUUAUGACAUUGUGUGCUGUAGUAUAAGUCAAUGUUGUUAUCCAUCACUCUACAAACAUGCCCUAAUUUCCCCUGUUCCUAAAGUGCAACCGCCGAGAGACAUUAACAAUGAUUUCCGCCAGAUAUCAGUCUUACCCCAUCUUGCCAAGAUCCUGGAAAAGAUCCAGCUCCAGUUAAAUAUUGAAGAUCUGAAAAUUAAGAAUAACCAGCACGCGUUUACUCAACAUCGAAGCACAGUCUCUGCGUUAAUAUCAACUACCCAAACCUGAUUUAAUGCCACUGAUUGUUCAAAAACAGGCAAAAUGGGGGUUCAUGCGGCCUUCAUUGACUUUCGUAAGGCCUUCGACCUUGUGGAUCACAAUAUUCUUUUGAACAAAUUAGCAGCUAUGAACAUAAAUAAACCCUUCUGGUUAUGGAUUAAAAGUUUCCUUUCCGGAAGAGUUCAACAAGUAAAUCUCAAUGGUACCUUAUCAUCCAUUGCAACAUGCCCGGCCGGAGUCCCGCAAGGCUCUGUAAUAUCUCCCAUUCUUUUUAAUACCUACAUUGAUGAUUUGGAGGACGCCUUACCAGAACAACUAAAAGUCAGUACGAAUAAGUAUGCAGAUGACUGCACACAACACCAAAUAGUGAGCGUAGAUUCUAAUAGUAAUUUACAACAAUCUAUCAAUGAAGUAAAUAACUGGGCGGUGUUAAAUAAAAUGGCAAUUAAUGCUAAAAAAAACUAAGGACAUGUGGAUCUCUUUCACGGACGCUAUACAUGAACCACCACGUCUUCGUAUUGGAAAUGAGUUAAUAGAAAGGGUCAACGCUUUUAAAUUACUUGGCGUGUCGUUCCAAAAUAAUCUAAAAUAGAACGCACAUGUUGAAGAGAUUACACGUAAAGCAAAUAAACGCCUUUACCAUCUUAGAGAAUGCAGGAAAUCGCAGUUACCAGCUGAAGUCGGUAUUAUUACCUAUCAAUCCAAAAUAAGACCAAUUCUCGAGUAUGCAUCACCUGUCUGGGCGGGACUCCCUAAUUACCUGCGAGAUGAAAUAGAGCGGGUCCAAUCCAGGAGCUUAAGAAUCCUUGGCCUGGAAAAAGAUUACCUACCACCGUCGAACGAAAGAAGGGAAGAGGCAACUAGUCGAGAAGUUGAUAGGUUUAUGAACGAUCCACACCAUCCCUGUCGCAGUGUUUUGCCAAAAUUAAUUAACAAUCAGUACAAUUUAAGGAACAUUGACCGGAAUCGCAAUAUAUCAUUCUUCUCAGGAACUGAAAGGCAUAAACAUUCAUUUUCAGGUAGAGCUUGUAAAUAUGUAUAAAUAGUUUUAACUUAUUAGAAGAACUUAUUAGAUUAAAGAAUUUAUUAGUUUUAACUUCUUAGUUAGUUUUCUAAAUUAUCUUACAACAAUUUGUAAUAUAAAGACAUAUCCGCAGCAUAUACACUUUCUCAAGUCCAUUGUACUUUUUUAUCUUAAGAUGGAUGAAUAAAGCUAUUAUUAUUAUUAUUAUUAUAAGCGUUCACUUUCAUGAGCGUUCUUUAUCAUAAGCGUUCACUUUCAUGAGCGUUCUUUAUCAUAAGCGUUCACUUUCAUGAGCGUUCCUUUUCAUAAGCGUUCACUUUCAUGAGCGUUCCUUUUCAUAAGCGUUCACUUUCAUGAGCGUUCUUUAUCAUAAGCUUUCGCUUUCAUAAGCGUUCGUUUUCAUAAGCGUUCGUUUUCAUAAGCGUUCACUUUCAUGAGCGUUCUUUAUCAUAAGCGUUCACUUUCAUGAGCGUUCUUUAUCAUAAGCGUUCACUUUCAUGAGCGUUCUUUAUCAUAAGCGUUCACUUUCAUGAGCGUUCCUUUUCAUAAGCGUUCACUUUCAUGAGCGUUCCUUUUCAUAAGCGUUCACUUUCAUGAGCGUUCUUUAUCAUAAGCUUUCGCUUUCAUAAGCGUUCGUUUUCAUAAGCGUUCGUUUUCAUAAGCGUUCACUUUCAUGAGCGUUCUUUAUCAUAAGCGUUCACUUUCAUGAGCGUUCUUUAUCAUAAGCGUUCACUUUCAUGAGCGUUCUUUAUCAUAAGCGUUCACUUUCAUGAGCGUUCCUUUUCAUAAGCGUUCACUUUCAUGAGCGUUCCUUUUCAUAAGCGUUCACUUUCAUGAGCGUUCUUUAUCAUAAGCUUUCGCUUUCAUAAGCGUUCGUUUUCAUAAGCGUUCACUUUCAUGAGCGUUCUUUAUCAUAAGCGUUCUCUUUCAUUAGCGCUCGCUUUCAUAAGCGUUCACGUUCACUUGGUCAAUACUAUUGUAUAUCCACUCAUUCAUAAUCAUGCAUGCAAAUUAAAUGCCAUAUGGCCAGCUGAUAUUUUGAAAAAGCAAAUACAUUGAACUGCAUCUUGAACUGAAGAUAUACAGUACGAGUAAAAACAAGCGGGAAUUUUUAACCAAAUAUUCUCUCAUAUUUCUAUAUUCUCUGUCCACUUACAUAAGUGGCUCAGUAAUCUCUCCCAGAUGGCAGGUCUACUGUAUAUGGCUCAGCUGUAUUUACAAUUAGCUGUUGUUUUGAUUCCUGUUGUUUUAUGUGAAUUAAAUGCAGUUUUGAAUACAUCAAGCUGACAAGCACUUCAUUUAUUAAAUACAGAAAUGUUGAAUGAAUACUGCCUUUAAAUGUUUUUUUCACAUUUUAACAAUUUUAUUGAGAAUUCUACAAAUUUUUAAAACAGCAGUUCUCUAUAGAAAUAAGUAGAAUACCCAAAUGGACAAUAUCAAGCACAAACGAGACAUAAAGUCCCAUGCAAGGUGCUUACCAUUCUAAAACUAUACAAAACAAAAUAUAACAUAUAAUGCAAUACAAAACAGCACAAAAAAAAUGCUCAAAAUAAAAAAAUAAAAACAAAAUAAAAAAAAAAACAUCCAACACAAUUAUUUACUAAGUUCUAUGACAUGAACAGUCACACACUAAUGACCAUGUACAUGGUAUUUCUAUGUCGAACAUUGUCCCAAGCAAGUGUUAUACAUGCUUCUAAUGUUUCUUUUAAAUGACGAGAUAGUGGUUCUUAAUUAUCUAGUACUAACUGAUUAAUUUCCUGACAAAGUGUUUUUGCUCAAAACAUCAAAGUUCUGCUUGAAUGUUUCAGGUCCCUAUCAAUCCAAAGCUUUCUUAUUAUUGGCAUGUACUACCCAGUGGCAUGCUGGGUACCAUUUUUCUGGGGGGGGCAGUCGGCUAUCUACCAAUAUGUGCCCCUAUGUUACACUUGAUAAACGAGGGCCAAAGGCACAAGCCGAGUGCCGCAGGUGCGAGGUUUGUCUAAUUUUGAAUUUAGAGUCUCUGAAAUGCCAUUUCCUGGACUCUGAUGGUCAGGAAACGGCAUUAUAACAUGUCGAAAUUUGCAAUUUGGUUAGAAUUUAGUAGUACCCAAAUUGGGCAAUGCUAAUUACUUCCAGCGAUUAAUCUAAUCUCAAUUCUAUUCUCUACUCAGAUGUAGUGAUCUGAAUACAUUUACAACUUACGGCUCUUUUAUACAAUAAUAUAAGGACCCCACGCAUAUGCAUUUUAAGUUUUCCUUGCCUGGCUGCCAAAAGGGCGUGUUUCAGCAUUAUUUCAUUACUUACAUUACUCAUGAUGUUUCUUGCGCAAACAACUCAUUUGCGUACACAACUUUACAUUAUCAUAACUUCAACUAUCUAAUUUGCGCCGCUCUCGUGAUUCGUGAAGCAAUAUAAUAAAGGGCAUAAUAUAAGGGCAUAAUACCAGCAAAAAAGGGCAUGAUUCCCGUGAUCGCUUCCAAACCUCACCAAUAUUUCGGUAAUGCGGCAUUGCGUGUGAUCAAUGAUCGUGUUCCUAUAUAAACGAUUUUGUGUGAGCUGUGAAGUAGCAAAUUAGCAAAUACGGUUAGACAAAAUAGUCUGUAAUUUAAUAUAUCACUUUGUCGCCCAUGCGCUUAGUUUGUUUAUAAGCCAAUAAACACAUCUUUUCUUGGCGGAAGUAACUAUUUUUUUCGAAUGCGUUUUUUCCCACCCACUUUCAAAAUUUGGUGCGGGAUCGGCGCCCCCUUUUCAUUUUUGCCAGCACACCACUGGUACUACCUACACUGCCACAGCUAGACUGUUCAACAUUAUAUAUCCACCACUAACUGGGUAAAAUUUUUCUUUACUUUGUAAACCGCACAGCCCUUUGAAAUUCAGGCAACUGAAAGGCUACCGCACAUCUAAAUAAGUUGAAAUAAUAACAAUAACUACUAUAACUUCUCGACAAAAAAGGGCCUGCCUUCCUUCAAAACGUCAAAGUUCUCCUUGUAUAUUUCAGGUAGUUGUAUCCCUAAUCAAUCCCAAGCUUUCUUAUUCUUGGCCUACACUGGCACAGACCAGUCAAGAUCCUAUUUAAAUGAUAAAUGUACUCAAAUUACAAAUUUACAAAGCGAUUCAGAAACAAGUAGCCGGUUGUUCUAAGAAAUCUGUAAUCAAACUCAUGCUGACAUUCUAGAAAUUCAUUAACACUUUAAGAUUAAUAUUGACAGGAAGUACUUGACAAUAUGUUGAAACCGCGACUCUUUGUUCAUGUGCGAUCCAAAUGCGGCAUGCUAGCUUUGCUGCAAUAAUUUAACCAAAACUUGAUAUAUAUGAAUCUUGCUGCCUCUAUCUAAUGUAAGAACCUAAAGUGUAUAAGAUACGGCUUUCAUAAAAAUAUAGAUUAUCAAACAGACAUAAAAUAUGUUACAUGGGUUGAGAGGUUUUUGACUUUAUAUUGAACUUGGCAUUCGCAAACCUAGGAGGGCCCAAUGUGAAACCCAUAAACGGUAAGCAUAAGCCUGAUAUGUCAAGAACAUUUCCUAAAUAUUACCACUAUAUAUAUGAGUGGAAAUAAGCUCCAGCACUGCAGUCUAAAUACACUACAGCUUACAAGCCGUCGUGAACAAGAGCAUUUUUCCAUAUUUUUCAAAAAAAAAAAUAAAUGACUUGAUCGAAAGUCAACAAAACAAACCAUUGUGUCACAAGCCGCUGGUUAAUUAAGAUGAGCCCCAAAGCCGGCUUUGACAGCCGCAGCUUGUUUUAGAUGCAAACAAAUAUUGUACUUUUAUACGAUUGUUCGUGGUUUAUUUAAGCUGUGGCUUAUUUAGGCUGUAUCUUAUUUUGGCUCAUAUGAAUGGCCCUAUUAACACCUAGAGGCAAUGGUUUCUAGUUCUUUGAAAAAGUACCAGUUUAUUUCAUUCCAAUUUCCAAGUGACAACAUUUCUCACAAUGACACAUACCGAUAUCCCGCAGAAAAACACUUAAUCCGAACAAUGAAUACACUAUCUAAUGAGUAUUGUGUUCACCUCUAAUGAGUGAAUCACAAUAUCUCAUGUGAAUUACAGUAAGCUGUAAUUCAUGGAACAAGAAUACUGGUAAACAGAGGGCUUAGUAAACUGAAAAAUUUCUAGAAAUUCUAUUUCAGGAAUUUGAUAUUCAAUUUGUUAGUUGAGCCAAAACAAAUUGUAAUUCCAGAUUUCCCCAGAAAAUGGUUGGCUUUCAAAAUUUGCAAGUUCUCUCCUCAAAUUGACAGAAAACAUCCAAUUUCUAGUUUUCAAAAGCUACGGGUUUUAUAUCCGCACAAGGAAGACAUUAAAUAUUUAUAACCUCGUUUAAAAGACUUUAAAAUGCUUUCAAAUUUCUCAUACGCGAAGCACAGUUGCAGAUAACAAGAAUUUUUAACUCUUCUAAUGGCUGCCAAAAAGACAACACGAGACAACCCGAUAAUUAAACUUUAAAUAUAGACAAAUUACAUCUUUGCAAAACCACUAUAGCAUCUAGUAAAAGGCUACAUAAAUUGCUUCAAGAAUUAGAUACACUCUAUUGCUAUAUAUGUAUAUAUACAAGAGUAUCAAUACGGUUAAAACUGCAGGAAAAAAAUGAUGAGAAAAGAAGUUGAACUUGGGCGUCUCCAGACACAACAAAGAUGUGUAUAAAUUCUGAGACAUGAAUUAUAAAUAAGUCAAAUUUAAAACUUACAUUAUUUCUUUACAGAAAGGCGGUUGCUUUCCAAAAUAGUUGUAAUGCGUUAUGAACUCACAAUUCUUGCAUUGAAAGGCGGUAGACGAAGCUUCAGUGUCCAUUCUAUUGUUCAAAACGAAACAAAAUCACACGCAGUCGGUCCUCCAAAGCAAACUCGUAGAAUUUUGUUUAAAAUUCCAGGUAAAAGCAAAACAGGAAAUGGCGCCACCACCGGAAGUAAGGAAUAUUAAUUUUUAAUAUUCGAGAAAAGGCCAGUCAUUUUAUUGAUUAAAGCACAUAUACAAACCACAGUCCAGACCAAAACUAGCUUAGACCAAAGGUUCAAAACGCGGCACAGUGAUGAAACAAAUUUUGGCUCGGGGGAAUUUUAAAGCACAUUUUUACAUAUAAACUUUCAUAGUAUACGUAUGCAAAUGAUCCUUGAUUUUAUUAUAGAUUCUGCUACCCUUACCCGUUAGGCCACAUAAAAAAAUAGUUGGUUAGCGUCCUCGUCCGCCCACAAAAAAGGCGCCGCUCAGGAUUUUUUUAAAAAAAUUUUAAUUUAAAAUAACCCCAACUUUUAUUGAUCAACGGCCCUCUAAUAUAUGUAGUAUUUCUGUUGACUGUAGUCAAUUGUAUUAAUUAAGUUGCGAAAUUGCGUGCGAAAAUGACGGUAUGGAUCAUAUUUUGAAAUAUAUAAAAAAUAUCUGUACUGCGCAAGAAAAUCCAGUUUCAGACCUAAAACCAAGGCGUUAAAAAUUAGCGGUAGAAAUUAAAAAAAGUGCCCGCCCAUCCACUUUUUGGCAAAAGCUACGGACGCUAACCAACUAUUUUUUUUAUGUGACCUUAAGGCUAAUUUCCUAUCCGUGGAUUGAAAUCAUUAGUUUCAACCCAGAGCUCACAAGACAAACAAAAAUUUUCUUGUCCGUUCCAACCAACGGAUAAUUUUCCUGAGUGGAAAUUAGCCUUUACCCAGACUUCUGAGUCAAAUAAAUCUAAGCUUGUCUCAGAAAACUUCGAACAAAUUUUGACUUUUAUUAUCUUUACAGAUUCUACAUUAUUAGUAUUACGCUUGCCCGUUCCCCGGAUUCUUGAGUCAACUAAACUCUAAAGGCCUGAUUCCACGAGGCGGAAUUUUUCGACCGAAACGAAAUUUCUCUUUGUCUUUUUACAAUUAGUUCCGCUUGAGAGCUCAUGAAACAAAGAGAAAUUUCGAUUCGGUCGAAAAAUUUCGCCUAGUGGAAAACCGCCUUAAAGGUAGCCUGCAUGACUCAGGAAAAUUAUCCGUGCAUUCGACCGAACAACAAAACUUUUCUUUGUCUUGUGAGCUUUGGGUUGGAACUGAUGACUUAAUAACACAAACAGAAAUUUUCUUGUCCGUUCCAAUCCACGGAUAAUUUUCUUGAGUGGAAACUUCAGGCGGUUUUCCACUAGUCUAGGCGAAAUUUUUCAAUCCAACAGAAAUUUCUAUUGUUCAAUUAAAUUCAGACCGUUCAAAUUCAAAAGAUUUCUGUUUAGUUCCAUCUGAGUGCUUGUAAGACAAAAGAAACUUUUGAUUCGGUCGAAAAAUUUUGCUUAGUGGAAAACCCCCUUUAAACCUGAGCUUGUCUUAGAGAAUUUCGACCAAAAUUUGACUGAUCGAAAAAAAUUUUUCGUCACAGACCAACUUAGAAAUGCCCAAAACGCAUAAUGAUACAGAAAGUUUUGGCUCAGGAGAUUUUUAAAGCACAUUUUGACAUAACUUUCUGAGUACGAGCCGUAUGCAAAUUAUAAUUAUAGAUUCCACAACGCUUGCCCGUUGCCCGUAUUCUUGAGUCAACUAAACUUCGGGCUGAUCGAAAAAAAAUUUAUGUCGUAGACCAACUCAGAAAUGUUCAAAACGCAUAAUGAUGCGGAAAGUUUUGUCCAAGGACAAAUUUAAAGCGCAUAUUUUGACUUUUGAGAUGAUUUUCUGAGUAUUAACCAGUUGCCCGUCCUUUAAUAUAGAUUCCACUACACUUGCCCGUUGCCAGUAUUCUUGAGUCGACUAAAGCUGAGCUUGCAUGCCUUAGAAAAUAUCGACCAAAGUUGGACUUAGAAAAUUUCGGCUCGCUGGAAAAAAAUUUUUCGUCAUAGACCGACUUAGAAAGGUUCAAAACAUAUAUUCAUGCAGAAAGUUUUAGCUCAGGGCAAUUUUAAAGCACAUUUUGACAUAACUUUCUGAGUAGGAGCCGUAUGCAAAUUAAUCCUUGCCCGUCCUUUAAUAUAGAUUCCACUACGCUUGCCCGUUGCCUGUAUUCUUGAGUCAACUAAAUCUGAGCUUGCCUUAGAAAAUUUCGACCAAAGUUGGACUUAGAAAAUUUCGGCCUGAUCGAAAAAAAUUUUUCGUCAUAGACCUACUUAGAAAGGUUCAAAACGUAUAGUGAUGCAGAAAGUUUUGGCUCAGGGGAAUUUUAAAGCACAUUUUGACAUAACUUUCUGAGUAGGAGCCGUAUGCAAAUUAAUCCUUGCCCGUCCUUUAAUGUAGAUUCCACUACGCUUGCCCGUUGCCCGUAUUCUUGAGUCAACUAAAUCUGAGCUUGCCUUAGAAAAUUUCGACCAAAGUUGGACUUAGAAAAUUUCGGCCUCAUCGAAAAAAAUUUUUCGUCAUAGACCUACUUAGAAAGGUUCAAAACGUAUAGUGAUGCAGAAAGUUUUGGCUCAGGGGAAUUUUAAAGCACAUUUUGACAUAACUUUCUGAGUAGGAGCCGUAUGCAAAUUAAUCCUUGCCCGUCCUUUAAUAUACAUUCCACUACGCUUGCCCGUUGCCCGUAUUCUUGAGUCAACUAAAUCUGAGCUUGCCUUAGAAAAUUUCGCCCAAAGUUGGACUUAGAAAAUUUCGGCCUGAUCGAAAAAAAUUUUUCGUCAUAGACCUACUUAGAAAGGUUCAAAACGUAUAGUGAUGCAGAAAGUUUUGGCUCAGGGCAAUUUUAAAGCACAUUUUGACAUAACUUUCUGAGUAGGAGCCGUAUGCAAAUUAAUCCUUGCCCGUCCUUUAAUAUAGAUUCCACUACGCUUGCCCGUUGCCCGUAUUCUUGAGUCAACUAAAUCUGAGCUUGCCUUAGAAAAUUUCGACCAAAGUUGGACUUAGAAAAUUUCGGCCUGAUCGAAAAAAAAUUUUCGUCAUAGACCUACUUAGAAAGGUUCAAAACGUAUAGUGAUGCAGAAAGUUUUGGCUCAGGGGAAUUUUAAAGCACAUUUUGACAUAACUUUCUGAGUAGAAGCCGUAUGCAAAUUAAUCCUUGCCCGUCCUUUAAUAUAGAUUCCACUACGCUUGCCCGUUGCCCGUAUUCUUGAGUCAACUAAAUCUGAGCUUGCCUUAGAAAAUUUCGCCCAAAGUUGGACUUAGAAAAUUUCCCCCUCAUCGAAAAAAAUUUUUCGUCAUAGACCUACUUAGAAAGGUUCAAAACGUAUAGUGAUGCAGAAAGUUUUGGCUCAGGGGAAUUUUAAAGCACAUUUUGACAUAACUUUCUGAGUAGGAGCCGUAUGCAAAUUAAUCCUUGCCCGUCCUUUAAUAUAGAUUCCACUACGCUUGCCCGUUGCCCGUAUUCUUGAGUCAACUAAAUCUGAGCUUGCCUUAGAAAAUUUCGCCCAAAGUUGGACUUAGAAAAUUUCGCCCUCAUCGAAAAAAAUUUUUCGUCAUAGACCUACUUAGAAAGGUUCAAAACGUAUAGUGAUGCAGAAAGUUUUGGCUCAGGGGAAUUUUAAAGCACAUUUUGACAUAACUUUCUGAGUAGGAGCCGUAUGCAAAUUAAUCCUUGCCCGUCCUUUAAUAUAGAUUCCACUACGCUUGCCCGUUGCCCGUAUUCUUGAGUCAACUAAAUCUGAGCUUGCCUUAGAAAAUUUCGACCAAAGUUGGACUUAGAAAAUUUCGCCCUCAUCGAAAAAAAUUUUUCGUCAUAGACCUACUUAGAAAGGUUCAAAACGUAUAGUGAUGCAGAAAGUUUUGGCUCAGGGGAAUUUUAAAGCACAUUUUGACAUAACUUUCUGAGUAGGAGCCGUAUGCAAAUUAAUCCUUGCCCGUCCUUUAAUAUAGAUUCCACUACGCUUGCCCGUUGCCCGUAUUCUUGAGUCAACUAAAUCUGAGCUUGCCUUAGAAAAUUUCGACCAAAGUUGGACUUAGAAAAUUUCGCCCUCAUCGAAAAAAAUUUUUCGUCAUAGACCUACUUAGAAAGGUUCAAAACGUAUAGUGAUGCAGAAAGUUUUGGCUCAGGGCAAUUUUAAAGCACAUUUUGACAUAACUUUCUGAGUAGGAGCCGUAUGCAAAUUAAUCCUUGCCCGUCCUUUAAUAUAGAUUCCACUACGCUUGCCCGUUGCCCGUAUUCUUGAGUCAACUAAAUCUGAGCUUGCCUUAGAAAAUUUCGACCAAAGUUGGACUUAGAAAAUUUCGCCCUCAUCGAAAAAAAUUUUUCGUCAUAGACCUACUUAGAAAGGUUCAAAACGUAUAGUGAUGCAGAAAGUUUUGGCUCAGGGCAAUUUUAAAGCACAUUUUGACAUAACUUUCUGAGUAGGAGCCGUAUGCAAAUUAAUCCUUGCCCGUCCUUUAAUGUAGAUUCCACUACGCUUGCCCGUUGCCCGUAUUCUUGAGUCAACUAAAUCUGAGCUUGCCUUAGAAAAUUUCGACCAAAGUUGGACUUAGAAAAUUUCGGCCUCAUCGAAAAAAAUUUUUCGUCAUAGACCUACUUAGAAAGGUUCAAAACGUAUAGUGAUGCAGAAAGUUUUGGCUCAGGGGAAUUUUAAAGCACAUUUUGACAUAACUUUCUGAGUAGGAGCCGUAUGCAAAUUAAUCCUUGCCCGUCCUUUAAUAUAGAUUCCACUACGCUUGCCCGUUGCCCGUAUUCUUGAGUCAACUAAAUCUGAGCUUGCCUUAGAAAAUUUCGCCCAAAGUUGGACUUAGAAAAUUUCGCCCUCAUCGAAAAAAAUUUUUCGUCAUAGACCUACUUAGAAAGGUUCAAAACGUAUAGUGAUGCAGAAAGUUUUGGCUCAGGGCAAUUUUAAAGCACAUUUUGACAUAACUUUCUGAGUAGGAGCCGUAUGCAAAUUAAUCCUUGCCCGUCCUUUAAUAUAGAUUCCACUACGCUUGCCCGUUGCCCGUAUUCUUGAGUCAACUAAAUCUGAGCUUGCCUUAGAAAAUUUCGACCAAAGUUGGACUUAGAAAAUUUCGGCCUGAUCGAAAAAAAUUUUUCGUCAUAGACCUACUUAGAAAGGUUCAAAACGUAUAGUGAUGCAGAAAGUUUUGGCUCAGGGGAAUUUUAAAGCACAUUUUGACAUAACUUUCUGAGUACGAGCCGUAUGCAAAUUAAUCCUUGCCCGUCCUUUAAUAUAAAUUCCACUACGUUUGCCCGUUGCCCGUAUCUUGAGUCAACUAAAGCUGAGCUUGCCUUAGAAAAUUUCGGCCAAAGUUGGACUUAGAAAAUUUCGGCCUGAUCGAAAAAAAUUUUUCGUCAUAGACCUACUUAGAAAGGUUCAAAACGUAUAGUGAUGCAGAAAGUUUUGGCUCAGGGGAAUUUUAAAGCACAUUUUGACAUAACUUUCUGAGUACGAGCCGUAUGCAAAUUAAUCCUUGCCCGUCCUUUAAUAUAAAUUCCACUACGCUUGCCCGUUGCCCGUAUUCUUGAGUCAACUAAAUCUGACUUGCCUUAAAGAAUUUCGACCAAAGUUGGACUUAGAAAAUUUCGGUCUAAUCGAAAAAAAUUUUUCGUCAUAGACCGACUUAGAAAGGUUCAAAACACAUAUUCAUGCAGAAAGUUUUAGCUCAGGGCAAUGACAUAACUUUCUGAGCACGAGCCGUAUGCAAAUGAAUCUUUGCCGGGAUUUCAUUAUACAUGUAGAUACUGCGCUUGCCCGCUGCCCGGAUUCCAACCCAGUGAACUAUAUACAUUACAUUAUAUGCAUUGUAUAUACACUAUAUACAUUAUAUAUUGUUAUAUAGUUCAGUGUUCCAAUCUCGUUCCCAGGGUCUCUCCUUCUGUCAUCAAAGAAAGAUCCUGGGUACGAGGUUGCCAGGAUCCUUGACUCCUUGAGUCAACUAAAGCUAAGCUUGUCUUAGAAAAUUUCGACCAAAGUUUGACUUAGAAAAUUUCGGGCUGAUCGAAAAAACAUUUUCGUCUUAGACCGACUUGGAAAGGUUCAAAACGCAUAUUGAUGCAGAAAGUUUUGGCUAAGGAGAAUUUUAAAGCACAUUUCACAUAUAAUCUUACCCCCCCCCCUGAUUUUGUUAUAGAUUCUACUACGCUUUACCGUUACCCGAAUUUUUGACUACUUUUUAAAUGCUGUACAACAAGCAGUUUCUCAGCAAAAGUUCAGCGGAGCAGUUAUGCCACCAGUAUAAAAAAAGUUAUUGAUGAGAAACCAACACGACAGAUUUAAACUAACAAACGGAAGUGGCACCUUGAUACUACGUGAAACUAUAUCUGAAGUAGUUUACUAUUUUGAACAAAAAGUUAAAAAGAGCGUCAAAAUAUUUACGAUGUUGCCAAGAGAACGUUCAUGCCUGAUUGAUCACAUCUAAACAACCUGCUACAAUUAUAGGUCACCUGACUAACAUAAAAGGCAAUAUUGCAACCUUGACACUAAAAUAUAUUAGGUUAUUAAAAUUAUAAGACAUGGCAAAAGUUGUUCCAUUGAUAACUAUUUUAAUAGGUAGUUUUAUACUUAUAGUUAGUAACGUAAAAUGUUACUCAAAUUUAGAAUUAUUGGAAAAACAGAAGCCAGGGAAAAAACUUUAUGAAGGGUAAGAUAUUGCCAUAUCAUUGAAAUCAUUUUAUAAUAUAACAAAUAAAUAUAUCAUAUAUAUAUGUAUGUCAUGUUAAUAUAUCACGUAUAUUCAAUAAUCAUUAAGACGUGAUAGAAGGCUAUAUACCAAGCUGUCGAUUAUUGUUAUGUAUUAUUUUUCCUAAUCCGAUUGUUUAUUUUUUGUAUAUUUACAAGUUUCAUUUUCGCAUUAACUUUGUCAAACAAAAACAGAAACAAUUUUUUUUCAUAAUCUAAGGAUGAAAUCGGCUGUACUGCAGUUUUUAAGUCCCUAUAUUAUUUUAAUCACGUGUUGAUUGGUUAAAUUAUUGCUCUUUAUUGCUCUGAUUGAUGGUAGCAAUUAAGUAUUAUCGAUUAAUUUGAUCUCUUGUUUGUUUAGACAUAAAGUUAUUCGAGCAUUUCCAAAGACCAAAGCUGACAUUGAUUUUCUAAAUUCACUGGAAGAAAAUCCAGACAUCGAGGUACGAUCUGAAAAUCUUCGUUCUUCUUUCCUUUAAUUCCUUCCUUCCUUCCUCCCUUGUAUCAUCUCCUUCCUUUUCUCCCUCACUGAUUGUCUUCUCUCCUUCCUUCCUCCUCCCUGUCUUUGUCCUCCCCCCCCCAGCUUUCUCCCUCCUUCCUGCCUCCCCAUCUUCCUUCCUUUAUUCCCCCAGAAAUCACUGACUCCAAUAACAAAUUUCUCCAGGUGGAUUUCUGGGCGAGAAGUAGAGACAUCGACAUUCAUGUCGGACCAGAGGAUUACCAGAAACUGGACUCAUACUUGCGACGAUGGAAUAUCAAUUAUAAUAUAAUGAAUAAUAAUCUGCAGAAAAGUUUUGAAGAGGAGGAAAAGGGACAUUAUCGACACAGUCAUGGAUGGCACGGUACUUAUCGUAAUUAUGACGAGGUCAGUUUAAAUUCUGUGUAAACAAGGUAUAAACAAGCUUUCUCCUUCAUGGGCAGCAUUACCGAACAGCGAAUGAUAUCAACUUCAAAACAGUGUUCAGACUUACAGGAAUAAGAAAAUUAACUAUGUCGUUCUCUUUUAUUUGGUGGCUACAAAAUUCAAAACAACUAUAUGUAUUGAAAAGGAUUAACAUUAUUUGCGAUAACCGACGAUCUGCUGCACGAUAAUCUUGCGUUGUAUUUGUCAGUAACAAUUAUUUGUCACGUACAUUUUCAUGGUAUGCAUGUGUUGUUAAUUUAAUUUCAGAUUAUGCAAAAAUUAAACAACUUUAAUAACAGUUUAAAUACUGGUCGGACAAAAGUAGUGAAUAUUGGAAAUUCGUAUGAGAAGAGGAAUAUCUUGGGUCUGGAGGUAAGGAAAACUAGCUUUCAUCAACAUUUAUUGAUAAUAAAGAGGUAUAACAACAUUUAUUCAAGGCUACAUCAUCACCAUAAUAUAACUUAUCACACGUGCCAGUAUUUCAAAAUAACUUAACGAGAAAGUUCGACGAAAUUAUUGAGUUGGAGAAAUAUUUAUGUUGACUGAUUUACUAAUGAUUUGUUUAUUGGCUGAUUUAAAGCUUGAGGAUUUUGUUUUAGAUAUCAGACGGCAAAGGACAGGCGGGCAAACAGAAGAUAGUUGUCAUUUGUGGACAACAUGCAAGAGAAUGGGUAUCACCUGCCACUUGCAUGUACAUCAUGGACAAUGUAAGUGAUUUUAUUUUUUUUUUUAGUCUCGAACGUUAAGUUUCUCUUGCCUCAAAAAAGUUUACUUUUGCUUUCUAGAUGAUCAGUAAAUAUGGCAAAGAUCAUAAUAUAACAGGAAUGUUAGACAGAUUCAACUGGGUUUUCUUUCCUACCGUGAAUCCUGAUGGUUAUGUCUACACUUGGGAGAAGGUAUGACCACCUAUCUGUCAUCACCAUACGUUCCAAUACUACCAUUAACCAUUAGAUCAAACCUACCAUUACUAACACACUUUUGAACUAAGUCAUACCAUUAACAUCAUCAGCAUUACCAUGCAUACUGUCAUUACUAGUAACCACAAUUAUCACCAACAUAAUCAUUACCAUAAUCAUUAUACCAUAAUACCAUUAACACCCAUCAUCACCACUAAUACUGUUAAUACCAUCACUACAAAUGACCAUGAUCACUAUUACCACCACCAUAACGACCACAAAAUGUCGUAAUUAUUGGACCACGUGAUAAUUUCUUCAAGGAUCGUAUGUGGAGGAAAAAUCGUCAACCAAAUAAAAAAUUAUCAUGCCACGGAACAGACCUGAACAGGAACUGGGACUACCAUUUUGCAGGUUUGAAUUUUUAAAUCAUUUGCCUAUAUCCGACAAUGUGAUGGUGAUAGAUGAUGAUAAUGAUGAUUAUUGACGCUGAUGAAGAUUUUGAUAGUGGUGAUACCGGUGGUGAUGAUGGGUAAUGUGGUGAUUAUGAUGAUUGUUGUUAUGAUAGUGGUGAAGCCAGUGAUGAUUACUGACGCUGAUUUUGAUAGUGGUGAUACCGGUGGUGAUGAUGGGCAAUGUGGUGAUUGUUGUUAUGAUAGUGCGGUAAUGAUCAUGAUGGAGAUGAUAAUGGUUAUGAUGGAGAUGAUAAUGGUUAUGAUGGAGAUGAUAAUAGUUAUGAUGGAGAUGAUAAUGGUUAUGAUGGAGAUGAUAAUGAUUACGAUGGAGAUGAUAAUGGUUAUGAUGGAGAUGAUAAUAGUUAUGAUGGAGAUGAUAAUGGUUAUGAUGGAGAUGAUAAUAAUUAUGAUGGAGAUGAUAAUGGUUAUGAUGGAGAUGAUAAUAAUUAUGAUGGAGAUGAUAAUGAUUAUGAUGGAGAUGAUAAUAGUUAUGAUGGAGAUGAUAAUGGUUAUGAUGGAGAUGAUAAUGGUUAUGAUGGAGAUGAUAAUAAUUAUGAUGGAGAUGAUAAUGAUUAUGAUGGAGAUGAUAAUGGUUAUGAUGGAGAUGAUAAUAAUUAUGAUGGAGAUGAUAAUGGUUAUGAUGGAGAUGAUAAUGGUUAUGAUGGAGAUGAUAAUAGUUAUGAUGGAGAUGAUAAUAGUUAUGAUGGAGAUGAUAAUGGUUAUGAUGGAGAUGAUAAUAAUUAUGAUGGAGAUGAUAAUGGUUAUGAUGGAGAUGAUAAUAAUUAUGAUGGAGAUGAUAAUGGUUAUGAUGGAGAUGAUAAUGGUUAUGAUGGAGAUGAUAAUGGUUAUGAUGGAGAUGAUAAUGAUUAUGAUGGAGAUGAUAAUGGUUAUGAUGGAGAUGAUAAUGAUUAUGAUGGAGAUGAUAAUGGUUAUGAUGGAGAUGAUAAUGAUCAUGAUGGAGAUGAUAAUGGUUAUGAUGGAGAUGAUAAUGGUUAUGAUGGAGAUGAUAAUGAUUAUGAUGGAGAUGAUAAUGAUUAUGAUGGAGAUGAUAAUGGUUAUGAUGGAGAUGAUAAUGGUUAUGAUGGAGAUGAUAAUGGUCAUGAUGGAGAUGAUAAUGGUUAUGAUGGAGAUGAUAAUGAUUAUGAUGGAGAUGAUAAUGGUUAUGAUGGAGAUGAUAAUGAUCAUGAUGGAGAUGAUAAUGGUUAUGAUGGAGAUGAUAAUGGUUAUGAUGGAGAUGAUAAUGAUUAUGAUGGAGAUGAUAAUGAUUAUGAUGGAGAUGAUAAUGGUUAUGAUGGAGAUGAUAAUGGUUAUGAUGGAGAUGAUAAUGGUCAUGAUGGAGAUGAUAAUGGUUAUGAUGGAGAUGAUAAUGAUUAUGAUGGAGAUGAUAAUGGUUAUGAUGGAGAUGAUAAUGAUCAUGAUGGAGAUGAUAAUGGUUAUGAUGGAGAUGAUAAUGGUUAUGAUGGAGAUGAUAAUGAUUAUGAUGGAGAUGAUAAUGAUUAUGAUGGAGAUGAUAAUGGUUAUGAUGGAGAUGAUAAUGGUUAUGAUGGAGAUGAUAAUGAUCAUGAUGGAGAUGAUAAUGGUUAUGAUGGAGAUGAUAAUGAUUAUGAUGGAGAUGAUAAUGGUUAUGAUGGAGAUGAUAAUGAUCAUGAUGGAGAUGAUAAUGGUUAUGAUGGAGGUGAUAAUAGUGGUGCAUGGUGAUGAUGGUGGUGUAAAAAUGGCACAUGUGAUAAUGAUGUUCAUGACAUUUCUUCUUCACUCCAGGCGCAGGAUCAAGCAACAAUCCAUGCAAUGAUAUCUAUCACGGUGAAAGGGCCUUCUCUGCACCUGAAGUUUUGGCUUUAGCGAACUACAUCAAAUCACUUCGCGGCGAAAUCUAUUCCUUCAUCGAUCUUCAUUCAUACAGUCAGUUACUGAUGUUUCCUUGGAGUUAUAGUAAGAAAGCGGAAGCCAAAGAUAAGGCUGAAUUGGUUAGUAAUAACUUCAGUGAUAUUUAUUUAAUGCUGAUUACACAAGAUGUGGUGGCCACAUUCACCCAAAGAGGCUUGUGAUACUUAGGGUUAGUUUUAGUGAGACAAGAAACCCGGGGUAAAAACCCCUCGAAGCGUGACAGAGAAUCGAUCAAAAUCUACUUACACGUCACUACCCUCCAUUCACUGAUUGCAGAUACUCUAUUACAGAUCCGGGAUCUGUAUAUGUAGUUGCAUUUUUCACAACUGCCUCUGGUUAGGUCUAAAAAAUGUACAGAACUCACUCUCGAAAUUUCCAUCUACAAAACUCUUCAACAAGUAGUUCUAUCAAGUGAGACGCCCAAAAGCCAGAUAAUAACUCUAUUACAUCGUCUACCCUGACAUGAUCACGACCAAAUGGAAACAUAACCUGAGUAAUUUUCUCCUGUUGCAGUAUGAAAUAUCUGUGAAAGCCGUGGAUGCAUUACGCAGCGUACAUGGGACUGUUUUUAAAACUGGACCAGCAGCUGUGGUUAUUUGUAAGUGAUCUAAUAGCCUUACAUACGAAAUAUGCACAACAUACGAGGCCGUGUUCUACAAGUAAAGCAAACACGACGCUUCAAUAAGUGUCACAUGAAUAAUAUGUACUUAAAUGUUAUGCAAAUCAGCAGGAUUUUGUAUUAGAUAUACAAGCUCCUUUAACAUGAAAGUUGACAUUCUCUAAGGCUUUUGUUGUUCAAUUUUCAGACGAAGCAUCUGGCAGCGCUAAGGACUGGGUGUAUGGAUCAAUGGGAGUGAAAUAUGCUUUCGUAUUUGAACUGCGAGACAGGGGAAAGCACGGCUUUGUACUUCCAAAGGAACAAAUCAUUCCAACAGCGGACGAAACAUUCGCGGCACUGCAUAGUCUUUCAAUCAAUAUGAAGGAUUACGGCAACAAGAAAACCAGUUAUUAA